CGCUCCUCCCCCGGCCCGCGGUGGGGCGGGACCGGGCUGAGGGGCUGCGCGCCGGAGCGGGUGGUACUGCCCGGAGCCCAGAGCAGCUGAGGCGGCGGGGACCGGACCCUGCCCACGCUAAGCUGGACCCAGGUUUACCCUGGGCCUGAAGCCAGAAAAUCCCCACCCCACGGAGCUGUGGUGCCUCCCACUGAACAAGAGAGGAAGUGCUCUCAACAGCUCCCUAGUUUAUACAAGAAGGGGCUCAAAGCAAUUGCCUCAUUACCAAUCCAUCUUCCGGGAGGAAGGAAGGAAGGAAGGAAGGAAGGAAGGAAGGAGAGGAGAGGAUCAGUCCGAAGCCCCUUCCCAUAAAGGAUGACACUAAAUACCCAGCAAGAAGCAAAAACCCCACUGCGCCGCAGAGCCAGCACUCCGCUACCCCUGUCAUCCCGAAGCCACCAGCCCGCCCGCCUGUGCACUGCACCUCCCAUGCAAUCCCAGCAUCCCCCACUGGGCCAAUCAGCCUCCCUCAACCCUCCUGUCCGGAAACCCUCACCAGCCCCAGAUAGCUGGUCCUCCGAAUCCAGCGACUCUGAAGGCUCCUGGGAGGCCCUCUACCGCGUGGUGCUGCUUGGAGACCCUGGCGUGGGGAAGACCAGCCUGGCCAGCCUCUUUGCAGGGAAGCAGGAGCGGGACCUCCAUGAACAGCUGGGAGAUGUGUAUGAGAGGACACUCACAGUAGAUGGAGAAGACACCACACUGGUGGUCAUGGACACCUGGGAGGCUGAGAAACUGGACGAGAGCUGGAGCCGGGAGGCCUGCCUGCAGAUGGGCAGCGCCUACGUCAUCGUGUACUCCAUCGCAGACCGCGGCAGCUUCGAGAGCGCCUCGGAGCUCCGCAUCCAGCUGCGGCGCGCGCACCGCGCAGACCACGUGCCCAUCAUCCUCGUCGGCAACAAGGCAGACCUGGCCCGCUGCCGUGAAGUCUCGGUAGAAGAGGGCCGCGCCUGCGCCGUGGUGUUCGACUGCAAAUUCAUCGAGACGUCCGCCACCCUGCAACACAACGUGGCGGAGCUCUUCGAGGGCGUGGUGCGCCAGCUACGCCUGCGCCGCCGGGACAGGGCGGCUGAGGAGCCCUCAGCCCCGCGACGGCGGGCCAGCCUCGGCCAGCGCGCUCGUCGCUUCCUGGCUCGCCUGACGGCCCGCAGCGCCCGCCGCCGGGCACUCAAAGCCCGCUCCAAAUCGUGCCACAACCUGGCCGUGCUCUAAAGCCGCCUGCCUUUCUGGAGGUAGUGGGACAUUAGGAUGCUGUCCGAGCUUUGCCGAAGCUACCGAGGAGCAAGAGCCGCGUGGCCUGUAAUCCACGCCUUGGGCUUUACCUGCCGGCUGUCUUGAUGAUCUGAGCAUUAGCCAGAGCUUCGAGGACCACUCGGCCUGGGAAGUAGUGGACAGACCAUGGGCCAAAGCCUCAAGACGGAUGCAAGUAGGGUGUUUAUAAUGUGGUGGGUGCCUUUUUAUAAGAAUCUAUCUUGUCUCCAAGAUCUCACCUGUCGAUGUCCGCUCCCGGCCGGCAGGAAAGACACACGACAAGGUCUGGCGGUGGUCAGGCUUUUCUUUAUUCUCUCCUUAUACAGUCUGCCCCGAAGCCUCUACCGGUCCGCUCUCCGCGGCUCCUUCCGUGCUUCAGUCUGCCCCGAAGCCUCUACCGGUCCGCUCCCCGCGGCUCCUUCCGUGCUUCAGUCUCUCUCGAAGCCUCUACCGGUCCGCUCCCCGCGGCUCCUUUUGUGCUUCAGUCUCUCUCUCUCUCUCUCUCUCUCUCUCGGGGGUGGAGGCACUGGCUAUAUAUAGGAUUAAUAGCUAGGCAGACUACCCUGUGAGGCGGGAACUUAGUGGGGUGAUAAGAAACAGGUGCCACACAGGCGGGCUCGAUGAGAGGGGUAAUCUAGCCCAGGCUUUUGUACUUUCCCACAGGCCUCGCAAUCACCGCGUCUGAUGACUUGACAGUGCCACGGCUCCCAACAUCUCCCCCUAUUUUAUUUUAAAUGAUGGCUACGCGCAUCGCAGCCCGUCCUGGAUAGAGUGCAGAGGCCUAUGCCCCGAACUGAGGCCCACCGUAGGCCCUUAGCGUAGACCCUGGUCGGCCGUCCCAGGGUCCACCAAGGCCCUGAGGCCCUCGUCCUUUUUUCUAGGGCCAGGAAUGAACCGGACGGAACCUGGUUGCACAUAGGCAUGCACUCAUUUCUCUCCACGAAUCCCCUCGGAGAGAAAUUUAUCUAACAAUCCAGCGGCUUUCGAGCGGAACGGGGUAGGGCCUGGCUUAGGUUGAGUCGUGCUGGGGAGGCACGCUCUUACCCGUCAUUGACUCACCCACCCUGCUACAUGUUGUUGUCUAGGGAGGAGAAUGUGGGAAGCCUGUCACUUUUAAACGCGGUCGUAGGCCAUGCGAGCGAGCCAUGCGUAUACAAGGGUAGCACAUAGGGGAGCAAGCCGUUCCAGGCCCCCAAAAAGGGAUUGUCCUGCAGUUCUUUUAGGGCUCAUCUUGUUGUUGGGUCUGCGGUUGGCCUCUGGUGGAACAGGCCUGAUCUUCAGUCGAGGGACUUGUCGCGUCAACCUCUCUGGGACCCACACUGGUUCUCGUCCCGAUUCCUGCGGAAAGACACAAACCGCGCCUCGGCUUCCUCUUUUGUAUCUCUGCCCUCCUUGACGGACCCUUCUCGGGAGCUUCCUGACUGUGCCUGUUCAAACACCUCGCGUACUUCUACAAGUUCUUGAGAGCUCCCCCCGUAACUACCCUCACUCUUUAGGCACGUGUGUAUCAUUUCCCACAAUGGACGAGCAGAGACUGAAGCUCUACCCUCCCGCUCUGCUAGGGAAAGGUCUCUGCCCAACUUUUCCCAGGAGGGCAGGUUUACAUGCCCUGUAGGCAGAAACCAGGGAGCAAAGCUGUCAAUCUCUGCAAGGAAAUUUUCUAAAGUCUUACGCCCCACCUUGAGGUCCUUGGACUUUAGGAGUCUCCGAAGGACCAACACCAAGGCUGUGUAUCUUUACUUGGCAUGUUUCCCAUUUUUAAUAUAUCUUCUGUUAUUUUUACUUCUAUGUUUAUGUUUUACACUCUUUUAUUACCUUAAGUUCUGGUGUUAUGUUUCAUACUCACCGCGUGAGGCCCAAGAAACCCGCCACUUACGCGUGAGGUUGAGAGGAGUCUACAAACCCUGUAGGUGCGCGCCACCCAGGGCCCAGGCUUAUCCUCUACUCACCUGUCCUGCAGCUGCAGCACUGUGUAGGAGAAUGCAGUCCACCACCGCGUCUCGGGGUUGAUCAAUCCCCGGGCGGGCCUCCAAAUGUCGGUGUCCGCUCCCGGCCGGCAGGAAAGACACACGACAAGGUCUGGCGGUGGUCAGGCUUUUCUUUUAUUUUCCUUCUCCGUACAGCCUGCCCCGAAGCCUCUACCGGUCCGCUCUCCGCGGCUCCUUCCGUGCUUCAGUCUGCCCCGAAGCCUCUACCGGUCCGCUCCCCGCGGCUCCUUCCGUGCUUCAGUCUCUCUCGAAGCCUCUACCGGUCCGCUCCCCGCGGCUCCUUUUGUGCUUCAGUCUCUCUCUCUCUCUCUCUCUCUCUCUCGGGGGUGGAGGCACUGGCUAUAUAUAGGAUUAAUAGCUAGGCAGACUACCCUGUGAGGCGGGAACUUAGUGGGGUGAUAAGAAACAGGUGCCACACAGGCGGGCUCGAUGAGAGGGGUAAUCUAGCCCAGGCUUUUGUACUUUCCCACAGGCCUCGCAAUCACCGCGUCUGAUGACUUGACAGUGCCACGGCUCCCAACACUCACCUACUCUCAGAAACCCCCACAAUAAACUAAUCCAGCAGGAUGUCCAGUCUGAAUGCCCAGAUUCCUCGUUGGGCUCUCCAGACAUUUCAUCCUCCUGGCUUCCCAUUACA